UUCAAGGAUCUGUAAAGGAAUAAAAAAAAGUAUUAACAUUCGAAAGAUUUUGAAAGAUUCUUCGAUGAAAUCCCGCUCACUAGCGCCAAUCUAGUGGCGACGCGUACAAGUUCUACAAUUAUGGUGGGGGAUUGAAGUACUUGGAAGCUGCUUCCAUCCAAUCGGCAGAGUGUUCAGUAUUCGUUCAGCCGCGUGUGGGACAGUUUUGUUGUCCCCGGCUGAGGAGUUCUUCUCCUUCGUGUAAACAAACAACUUUCUUGAGAUCGCGAUAGACUUUUGAUAAACACACAAGGACACAACAGUCUAGAAUCGAAGAAAUUUCUUGUCAGAAUAUACGUGAAGAGACUCUCGCGUCGAGUUAUCGUACUUUUCGUGCAAAAUCACAGAACGAUUUCAAAAACAAUUGGCAAAUGAAGAGACAGUGAUUUUUUGUGAAACUGUGGACUGUCAAGAGGACCUCUAAGCAUCAUGACAGGACCGGAGAGCUUUGACGUCUCUACCAAGACCCAGGAUUUUUAAUUCUACAUAAUCGAUUCGGGACCACCUUGGCGCCUGUUAUUGCAAGGCUCUCUUUAAAUGGCCAGGAGAGACCACCGCGACGCGGUACGACGUCGGGCGUCGUGUCGUCGUCCUCUCGUAGAAGACAAUUAACCACGGAAAAUGGCGUCUCCACUGUUCGUUGUUCUCGUAGCUCUCACGCUUGUCGCGACUGUUCGCGCGACUGAGGAUUUUCGACACAUUUCCUACAACGAUCUCGUGGACAAGAGCAAUCUAUUUCACGAAGAAAAUGUGACGACCUACUCGCAGUUGCUCUUCGACGUGGCCAGACAACAAGUUUUUGUUGGCGCAAGGGACACCCUAUAUCGUCUGACUUUGGAUUCACUGACGCCUUUGGAACGUGCCGUUUGGACGGCCUCGCCGGAGAAAGCAUCGGUGUGUCAGGACAAGGGUCAAAGUGCACAGGAUUGUCAUAAUUACAUCAAGGUGCUUUUGAGCAACGGAAAGAGUCUCUUCACUUGCGGUACCAAUGCAUUCAGUCCGCUCUGCACGUGGAGAGAGAUCGAGAACAUAAACAAAGUCACCAGCAGGGUCUCGGGCGUGGCCAUGUGCCCUUAUUCUCCGCAUGCUAACGUUACGGCUUUGCUGGCCAGGGGCCCUAGCGGAGGACUCUUUGCAGGUGCGCCAACUGACUUUUCUGGUGCAGAUCCAGCGAUAUACAGAACACUGGCUUCGCCUAAUUUGCGAACGCAUCAAUACGACUCGAGAUGGCUCAAUGAUCCGCAAUUCGUGGGAAGCUUCGAGACCGAGGACCACGUGUACUUCCUGUUCCGUGAAGUCGCCGUCGAGUAUAUAAAUUGCGGCAAGAAAAUUUACUCGAGGAUCGCUCGAGUCUGUAAGAACGAUCAAGGCGGUCAGACUUUGAUGAAAGAUACUUGGUCGACAUUCAGCAAGGCUCGACUCAACUGUUCCUUGCCUGGGGAGUUUCCGUUUUAUUAUGAUGAAAUUCAGGGUGCUGUGUAUCUUCCGGAAGAAGGCAUCAUUUAUGCAACCUUCGCCACACCCAUCAAUGGCAUCGCUGGCUCAGCUAUUUGCGCCUUCAACAUGUCUGCCGUGGCUGCAGCUUUUAGCGGACCCUUCAAGCAUCAGGAAAACAUUGGGGCUGCCUGGGAGAAACGACCUGUUUCACAUCACAAUCGUCAACAUUGCGGUCAACCUUCGAAUAUUCCACCUCAUCAGAUAAUGGACAAUCAAAGAUAUCAAUUGAUGGACGAUGCAGUUCAAGGGAUCACAAUAACGCCCCUGUACACGGUUACGCUUGAAAGGUUUACUCAUAUUGCAGUCGAUGUCACACCGACAAAGUUACAUCGCGGUGUGACGGUUCUUUACGUUGCAACUACAACGGGUCUUAUUAAAAAGAUUUCAGUACUUCCAAGAACUCAAGAGACUUGCAUUAUAGAAGUCUGGGGUCCUUUACCCUCACCGGCUAUGUCUCUACAGUUUCUGAAAGACAGACAAAGUCUCUAUGUUGGAAUGGAAUCUGGUCUCUUGAGAAUUCCUGUUGCUCAGUGUCAUCGACACAGGCGGCGUCAAGCUUGUCUGAAUGCACAGGAGCCAUAUUGUGGAUGGAAUGAACACCUUUUGAAAUGUGCGCCAGCACCGAGUCAAAAUUAUCUUGCUAACCAUUGGCUUCAGGAAGUGACGAAAUGCCCGGUUCUUACUGAUCCUGUUGAUGGAGGCUGGAGUGCUUGGAGUUCCUGGUUACCUUGUCAACAUGGUACAGCUGAACAAUCAUCCACGCAUUUCCAUUCCCACGGGCAUUCUCAUAUGGAAAAUGCAGAAAAUGUGGACACGUGCCAGUGCCAAACUAGAGAAUGUAAUAACCCUCCACCACGACAUGGUGGCAAUGGUUGUGUCGGAUCGAUGGUCCGAGUUCAGAAUUGUACCGUUCACGGAGGUUGGACAACCUGGUCAGCGUGGUCGGGUUGUUCACAAACUUGUGGUUUUGCAAUAAAGACUCGUAGACGUACCUGUACCAAUCCUGCACCUGCAUUCGGUGGUCGAAUCUGUGUUGGUCACGAUCACGACGAAAUUAUUUGCAUUGACUUACCACCCUGUCCAAAACCAGCUAAAGCUGCACCACCGCCACAGAACGGACAGUGGUCAUCCUGGGGCUCGUGGAAUGUUUGUUCAAGACCUUGUAACGGUGGAAUUCGUCUAAGAAGAAGAACAUGCGACAACCCUCCGCCUAGAGAAGGUGGGGCUGAAUGUUCGGGAUGCAGCUUCCAGAUUGAAGAAUGCAAUACUCACCAGUGCACUGAGAUUCGAAGAUAUUCCACUUGGACUCCCUGGCUGACCGUUAACGCCACCACGCAAGCCGGAAACGUUGACUAUACUGAGAAACGUUUCCGGUUCAGUUGCCGAGCUCAAACAGAUGAUCCUUCAAGUUUGCGAAUUCAGCUUGCCAAAGAGGAAGAACGUUACUGUCGAAACGACGGUUCUUGUCUACGGGGACCAACUAAUGGAAACAUCGACACCACCUUGGAAGCUGGAUGGGCUGAGUGGUCCUCUUGGUCUCCGUGUAAUAGACCCUGCAAUGGUGGCUCUCAGCAUAGGGUCAGACAGUGCGACUCGCAACCCUGUGAAGGAGCACCGAUGCAAACAAGGGCAUGCAACGUGCAUGCUUGUCGUGGAACCGGAAGUGGAAUCGGAGACAACGAAGGCCAAUGGUCCUGUUGGACUGAUUGGACGCCGUGCUCGGCGUCUUGUGGUCUUGGUUAUCGUACAAGAAGACGUGAAUGCUUGGGACCAGGACCUUGCGAAGGUACCAGCUUCUCCAGAGAGUCCUGUGAUAUGCCCAGUUGUGAAUGUUUACACGGUUGGGACAACUGGAGUCGUUGGUCACCUUGCGACGGGGACCAACAAUAUCGCAAACGUCAAUGUCUGCUUCAACCAGGGAUUGGAGUAUGCCAUGGACCUAGUCAGGAGGUUCGUGACUGUAAUCCUGAUUGGAUGGAUAAUGAGAUAGCAAGUGCUCUUCCUACCAGCGUAGAGAAGGCUGGUAUUUCCGUUGGCGCUGUCGUCGGAAGUUGCAUUGCCGGCUUUAUAAUUGGUCUAGGGCUUACUGCCAUUUUGUGUUUCUUGUACGUCAGACGCCGGAAGCCACGUGUACCAGGUAGUCCUCAUUACAUCAGCAAGCAAAAUCCGUACGUGACGGUUCCACUCAAGGAGGUAAAUACAAAACGGCAGCCUAGUUUCUCUGGAAGCACCAACGGAAACGGAACUCUUCGCACUAAGAACAAUCCCAACGUCAACGGUCUGGGAAGUCCAAAAUUAUAUCCAAAAAGUUUGGAUUACGAAUCAGCAACUCUGAAACGUAACAGUCAUGGUCAGCCGCAUAUUCGGGCCGACUUGGAUCAGGACAAAUAUUAUUGAAAAGUUUAAACUCAACACAAUAGUAAUAAGCGUUGACUAUAAUAGAUAUAUGUUUUAUUUUUAAUCACAAAUUUUACACAUUUGUUCAUUAAGAGUAUGAACACUUUGUUUAUUCUACUUAAUUAAGAGUAGGCCGCGAUAAUAAUUCAUAUUAAGUGAUAGUUGAGUGUAUCAAAAAGUUUAACUAGAAAAGGUCUCUGAACUCAGCGGAUAGAAAUACUUUGCUUGAAUUUUCAAGUACGGAGACCACUGAUAAGUACCUUGACAAGACAGAGCGUUAAAUUGUCAGUAACUCUUAAUAACAAUUGGCAUCUUGAUUAAUAAGUGCUCUUAAUGGUGUUGCUCAAUAUCCCGAGCCAAGAGCUCGUAGAUGAGAAUAAGAAAUGCAAUUGCCACAUAAACGAAAGAACUCUACGUGUACGAGAUAGCAACAACAAAUGUAUACAACAAAAUGAAUUAAGUAGGAACAAAAGGAUCAGUAUUUUAUUGAAGUAUGAAAUCAGAAAACAAUGUAUGUACGAGAUUAUGCAAUUUUUCGUGGGUCGAUAUGUUAGCCUCCCACAUGAUUACGAGACAAAUUUUUAUAUGAGCGCGAACGAAAUCUUGGUUUCGAGAGGAAUGUUCAUUACUGGAAUGAAUUUUUUUUUAGUUUAUUUUCUUCACUUUCUUUCAUUCUUUCGCUGUAAAUAGAAGAAGGAGGAGCGAACGCUUGGGCAUUUAAAUUUCCGCGCAUCUGUAUAAAGUUCUCUCACGUACUCAUAGUAUUUUGUGUACUCUCGUUAUGUGUUUUAAUUUUAAGUGAGAUACUGUAUGUCGCCUUGAUCGCCAUUCGAAUUCCGUGAUCUUUUUUUUAUAUUUUUUUAAAGCCACUAUCGGAUAUAUAAUUUGAAAAUGUUAUGAACAAUCCAAGCAGGGACGUUAAAAAAAACACUUAUUAAAAUAACAGUGUUAUACAGCUCGCAUUAUAUAUUUUGGAUGAAUUUUUCUUUAAUUCGUAAUUUAUUGCUUGUGUAGGAGAUUUUGGAAAAUUAGUCAAAGAUCACGUGACUGUCAAUGGUCGUCAGGUAGCUCUUUUUGUAGUAGGAGCCGAAAAAGCCAUGAAAUCAAAAAGGUCGUCUGUAUAUAUAUAGUGAUACGCCGAAAAUAAUUUCGAGCUUCCAUUAAACGACGUAGUGCCAUGAUACGGAAUAUUGUAAAUAGUUAAUCGUGUUUUGCACCCGGAAAUAAUCUUAAGAUUCAUCAUUGUAGCCAUAUAUUAUUGAGCCAUGAAAUCAAAUCUAGAUUGAGAGACAUUUUUUUUACGUUUUACGCCAUAGACAAUCUCGAGGUUGAAUUGAUUUCAUGGUUCGGAUAGUAAGAUAAGAAUGCCCAUGAAAAGCAUAGAUCUUUAUAUUUAAUUUUACUGCAUCCCAAUUGGCUCAUAUUGAGUCGCCUAAUGCGUAAGCCUAGUAGCUUUAUAUAACGUGUAAUAACCGGAAGUGACGUAGUAACAUACAUUUAUUAUAUACUUUGUUUUGUCCUUUCUCCUUACAUAUUCCCGUGACAAGUACAGAUACAAGCAACAUCGUCAAGGACGGCGAGAUUUUAUUUUUAUAUUUUCGCAAGAUCUGCCUGUACUUCGCUUCGGCCACAAUUUUAAUAAAGAGGUUUAGUUUUUCGAAA